AUGAUGAAAAACAGAUUCGAACCAAUAUCAUGUCCUGUUUGCUCAAAAAACGUUUAUUUUGCAGAAGAAGCAAGGGCUAUGGGUCGUGCAUUUCAUAAACAAUGUUUCAAAUGCUGUCAAUGUUCCAAAGCUCUAGACAGUUUUACUGCAAAUGAUCACAAGGGUUCUUUGUACUGCAAAAAUUGCUAUGCAAAGAACUACGGACCAAAUGUCUAUGGUUUUUCAACGAAUAGCACACUAAUGAGAAGUACUUAUGAUCUUCGAGAUUGUACUAAAAUGAAUGGUUAUUCACAUUCUCAUAGUCCAAUGAUAAAUCAAUCACAAGAUUAUCAUUCACAAGAUCGUUUAACUCAUUUAGAACAUAGUGGUAAUUAUAUUCCACGUCCAUUUCGUAUAAGAUGGUCUAGUGGAAAUUGUAAUUCAACACAUUGUGCAAAUUGUUCAGAUAUUGUUUAUGCAAAUGAAAGAAUAGAUGCAGUUGGUAAAGUAUUUCAUCGUUUAUGCUUUAAAUGUAAUGAUUGUCAACGUCUUCUUGAUCGUGGUACUGCAUGUGAUCAUAAUCGUGAAGUAUUUUGUCAUAAUUGUUAUAUUAAAAACUUUGGUUCCAAAGGAUUAAAAGCUGGUACAAAUCUACGUUGUGCUUAAAUUACUUUUUAUUAAAUCAUUAAAAUCAAUUGUGUUAUUAUUAUUAUUGUUAUUUUCCUUUUAAUUCAUAAGAAUGAUAUAUAUACUACUUAAAUACUCAUAUUCAAUAGUUAAUGUUGAACAAUUUUCCAUAAUUUUUUCUUGCUCAAUCAAAUUUUACAUUCCUUUAUUUAAACAAAACCAAAUCAAUCAAUAGACAAACAA